CCCUCUCCCUCACUGCUCUCUCUCACCAAAUCACCAUGCAGAAAACAUACUCUUUCUCCUGCAUAUCCUCUUGUGGAAGUGAUAGUGCCUGCUUAGAAGCUGACGAAGUUAACAAUGAAGAUUCCAUUUCCCUCUCCCUUGGCCCUCCUAGUCAGCACAAAUUCAAAUCCAGAGCCUCUAACCCAAAACACUCUUCUACUAUGCGUGAUCAUCAGCAAAAACCUAGCUCCGAUGACCUGAGUGGUGUAACAGUGGCCCUCCACAUUGGUCUUCCCACCCCCACCGCUGCCACCAAACCUUCUUCCCCUCCAAUUCACGGUCGAUAUUGGAUCCCUACUCCUCAACAAAUCCUCAUUGGACCCACCCAGUUUUCUUGCACAGUCUGUAACAAAACCUUCAACCGUUUCAACAACAUGCAGAUGCAUAUGUGGGGACAUGGAUCCCAGUAUAGGAAAGGAUCGAAUUCAUUGAGAGGGUCAAAAGCAGGUUCUCUAAUGCUGAGGCUACCCUGCUAUUGCUGUGAAGAAGGUUGCAAAAACAACAUAAACUAUCCAAGGUCAAAGCCACUGAAGGAUUUCAGGACCCUCAAAACACACUACAAGAGGAAGCAUGGAGAGAAGCCAUUCGAGUGCAGGAAGUGUCACAAGCCAUUUGCAGUAAGAGGAGAUUGGAGAACACACGAGAAGAAUUGUGGGAAACUUUGGUUCUGCGUCUGUGGUUCUGAUUUCAAGCAUAAGAGGUCCCUUAAAGACCAUGUUCGUGCAUUCGGCAAUGGCCAUGCUUCACAUAACUUGAGUGAAGAAAGAGGGGACGAAGGUGGAGAUGAUGACAGUGAAGUGGCUGUUUUUACUUUCAAAUAA